AUGCGACAAAUGGAUUUGUUUUCACUCAAUGCUGGAUAUCCAUCAUCAAAUGCAACGCCGAUGAUCAUGAAUGGUCAACAGGUCAAUGCUCAACAGCAGGAAACGAACCGUUAUGAUAGACGAGAAGUGGACACAGACACAGCGGAAGGACAAAUUCGUGUGAGUAGUUACCUGGAUACGGUGAUGCUACCUUGCUUCACUUUCAUGCGCGUCAUCGGUCUUUAUCACGCUUCUUCAGUGAAUGCGUUAAAUGCUUCAUUGAUUGUCUAUUCGCUGCUGGUGAUCGCCAUUCAAGUUCGUCAUUCAGUCUUUUGCAGAGGAACACGACGCUUCUCGUCGUUCAUUCUCAUUACCCAUUCCGUUCUGAUUAUAGUUGGAUAUUGCAUGGGUAGUAAUAGCAGUCUAGCGAUUAUAACGGUGAUUAUAACAAAGACAGUAAACGGCUUGCUUGUUCUUGCCUCCUCGUAA